UCAUUCAUCAGCUUCACUUUCCAGAUCACUCCAGAACAAGAACAUCCAGCUUCCCAACACCGCUAAAAUGGCCCCUAACAAGUACACCAUCACCAUUAGAAACGAGAACGGUUCGGACCAAAACUACUCUCUGUUCAACCAGAAGCCCAUCAUCAACGGCAAGGUGCAGGAGCAGAUCUUCUCCAACGUCUUCUGCAACUUCUCCACCGCCGUAGGCCAAACGGCUGAGGUUACCAUCAGCACCCAGUACAAGGCCGUUGUCGGCACCCACAAGGGCGACGAUAAGAGUGUCCAGGUCAAGGUGGGCAUGACCCGCGACGUCACCCUUGGUGUGAUGAACAACGACGGCACCGUCACCAACGGCACCACCCUUGAGUUCGCCCUGGCCAGCAACGGAGCCCCGACUUUCUCCGCCGAGCCACUUCCCUCCUCUGGCUUUGUUAACGCUUUCGCCAUCAAGGCCCCAGCCGACAAGGGCUGGGACAAAUCUGAUGCAAAGGCCGGCAACUGGGUCAUCGGCCUCGGUUUGUCCAGCAGCGAGGGCAACGGCCCGAGUGCUACCUUUACCCCCGAGCCCGGCGUCACGUAUCAGAUCCAGCCCUCCAACACGUUCUACCUCGUCGCACAGAACUUCGAGAAGGGCGUUCUUAUGGAUGUCGCCAAGAUCGGAGACGUCCUUCCCAUUGAGUUCACCAAGCUGCCCGGCCCCAACGUGACCAUCGUCCACGGCAGGCAGGGCGGCCUUAACAUUCAGAAGAAGCCUGAUUUCUAAGCGCAGCGAUGCUCGCAACGCGCUUCUUCACUCACCGGGAGAGGCAAGAACAGGGGACUGUGGCAGAGACGGUGGGUCAGGCAGGCGGGCAGUAUACGUU